AUGCUUAUUCCAUUUUUGAAAAGUUUGUUAUUAUUUUUUGGAUCGAUUGCAGCAUUAAUUGCAAUUGGUGUAGGUAUAAUAAAAUCUAUUGAGUACAUAGAAGAUAAGGCAUAUAGUGCAAAGAAGAAGAUUAAGAAUAUAAUUUACAUAUGUAUGUUUUUACAUUUAUAUUUUUUAAUAAGAGGUAAGUCAAUUUUUCACACACUAUUUAGUUUAUCGAUACAAUAUUCAUUCUUAUGUCUUAUUGAUGUUUAUCCAAUCAUAAAAUUAGAUAAUCCUUACUUCAUUUACGGAACAUUAGCUUCUUUAGUUAAUCACUUUUUAGUUAUAAAAUUUCUAUUUUAUCGAAGAUUAUAUACGCUUGAAAUUCUUUCUGCUUUUGCGCUUAUUUGGAUUACACCCUUUUGCUUUUUUAUUAGCCUUAGUGCAAAUGACGAAGUUAUAACUAUCAAAGGCAAGACCACUACCAAUACACUAAUAGGAAAUUUUUUGAAAAAAUUAUUUAAUAGUAAAAAUAAAUAA